UUGAGCUUUAAAACCCUUCCUCCUCACCUGUUCACCCCUUUGGCCCUUUCGUUUCCUCUUUCUCCUCACUUCUCAGUGGACGAGUCUCCUCUUCUCAGAACCAUCUGGCCAGUCACCUCUUUUGUUUUCUUAGUUAAACCAGCACCCGCCCUCCUCUGUAACCGAAGAUUUCCUCUCCGGCAUUCUUAGCUUUGCAAAGCGGCAUCAAUAUUGGAUUUGGACCAGAAUUGUGGCUGCGCGGAGCAAGCAGCAGAACCAUGCCGCAGAAUGUGUGGGAGGCAGACAAGAUGUUAGAUUCCUACAUCUAUGAUUACCUGUUGAAGAGGAACCUGCAGAACACGGCGAAGGCAUUCCAAACUGAAAGUAAUGUGCCUUCAGCUCCUGUUGCGAUCGAUGCCCCAGGGGGCUUUCUCUUCGAGUGGUGGUCAGUUUUCUGGGACAUCUUCAUUGCAAGGACGAAUGAGAAGCAUUCUGAUUCUGCUGCUGCUUACCUUGAGUCGAUUAAAGCAUGGGAGCAGCAGCAACAAUCACAACAGCAGGUCGAGAUACAGCAAAGCUUGUUACAGAGGCAUGUGCAACAACAGCAACAGCAUCCACAAGAGCAGCAGCACCUGCAGCUGCAACGGUGCCAGCAGAAGCAACAACAGCGUAAUGAAAACACUGAUUUUAGCACAAGUGUCCAGAAUGGUAUGGCUGCUGCUGAUCCACAAGUGCGACAAAAUGCUACAGCUGCAAGUGAUUUAUCUGCAAAGAUCUAUGAGGAUAGAAUGAAAAUUACUGCUCAGAGGGACAUUUCAGAUGAGGCUUCACUGAAGCAAAGGCUCACUGGAAGCAUUGGUCCAUUGCUGGAAUCAAACCCAACUUCAAGGCUAAAGUCGCCUGCAAGAUCAGCUAUAGCUUCAGGGCAAAUCGUCCAUCGACCCGUCGGUGGUGUGUCCGCUUCAUUGCAGCAAGCUCAAGCCAGGAGCCAACCUAUUCUGGGAUCAACACAGGAUAUGAAGGCAGGAACAGAUGUAGCUUCAAAUCAGAGAGCAGGUGCAGAUGGGCCACUAUUUGGAGUACAAGGCUCUAAUCUGGUGGGGAACAAUUUGACCUUGAAAGGAUGGCCUCUCACAGGUUUAGAACAACUUCGAUCUGGGUUUCUCCAGCACAAAUCUUAUGUGCACUCUCCCCAACCAUUACAGCACCAGUUCCAGUUUCUAACUCCUCAACAGCAGCAAAUUCUGCUUCGAGCACAACAAAAUAUGACUUCUUCACCUAUAGAGAUGGAUAAUAGACGACUUCGGAUGUUUUUUAGCAGCCAAAACUUGGUUCCGGGAAGAGAUGGUCAAUCAAAUGCUUUAACUGAAUUUAUUCCCAGUGCGGGUCAGUCAUUGCCGAACUUGUGCUUACCGACACAAUGCACAGAGACUGAUAUGCUGAUGAAGAAGAUAGCAGCUCUGUAUCAUCAUCAACAACAACAGAGUAACAGUCAGCAACAGCUCCUGCAUCCACUACUGAGCCAGCAACAACAAAGCUCAACUUUUAAUGCAAACGAGCAGGAAAAAAUGGGUGAUGGAAGUGUAACUGUGGCUUUCCAUGGAAAUCAACAGGUUUCUAAGAAUAAAAUUGGGCGAAAGCGCAAACAGCCUUUCUCAUCAUCUACUCCAGCUAAUAGUUCUGGUACUACAAAUACUGCUGGAGCUUCCCCCAGUUCAACACCGUCAACUCCUUCCGCAUAUUCUCCAGGAGAAACCAUAUCAAUGCCACAAGUGCCCCACAAUGCUAGCUUAUCUAAGGCUUUAGUUGUUUAUGGUUAUGAUCCCCAGGGAUCACCAACUAACCCACUUGUUGAUAUGGAUCACUAUGUGGAGGAUGGCUCCAUUGAAGAUAAUGUGGAACCAACCCUGUUACAUGAUGACAUAGAUCUAAGAGUUGCUGGCAGCCAUUGUAUCAAUUCUGCAAAAGGAUAUAUCCUUCGAGAGAUGUCUUCAGCUCAAGCAAGCACAAGCAGUGUUCUAUGUUGCCACUUCUCAUCAGAUGGAAAACUGCUUGCUACUGGAGGUCAUGAUAAGAAGGUAUUCCUGUGGAAUACUGAAACUUUGAAACAAAAAUCAAUAUUGGAGGAGCAUUCUCAGCUGAUAACUGACGUGCGCUUCAGCCCAAGCACUCCUUUCCUUGCCACCUCUUCAUUUGAUAAAACCGUGAGGGUCUGGGAUACCGAUAAUGUAAAUCAGGGCUAUUCAAUCCGUACAUUCACUGGGCACUCGGCAUCUGUUAUGUCACUUGAUUUCCACCCAAAUAAGGAUGACCUCAUUUGUUCUUGUGAUGGGGACAAUGAGAUCAGAUUCUGGAGCAUCAAGCAUGGAAACAACGUUCGAAUUUUCAAGGGAGGUUCAGCCCAGCUGAGAUUCCAACCACGUUAUGGAGAAUAUCUUGCAACCACUUCAGAUAAUAUGGUCUCUAUUCUGGAUGUGGAGACACAAGCUUGCGUGAGGAGAUUUGAGAGCCACACUAAGGACGUUGGUUCCUUGUGCUGGGAUCCCACUGGAGAAUAUGUCGUGUCUGUCAGUGAAGACAUAGUGAAGGUGUGGUCAUUGAACGAUAUGAGCUGUGUGAAUGAACUUAACUGCAGUGGGAGAAAGUUGACUUCAUGUGCUUUCCACCCUACAUAUCCAUCCUUGCUUGUCAUUGGCUGUUACCAGUCUCUGGAGCUGUGGGAUAUGACAGAGAACCGGAGCAUGACCAUUGCAGCGCAUGACAGCCUUGUCUCAGCCGUGGCCUCAUCGAGCUCCGGCCUGGUGGCUACCACAGGCCAUGACAAGUAUGUGAAGCUUUGGAGAUGACCUCGCCUCUGAUCAUGGCGUGACCUAGCUGUUAACUAUUUAUGGACGCCCCUUUUGUCACACCAUUAGCUGCCGGCUGCUCAAAGCUGUGCUGCUGGUGUGUUACAGUUGCCCUCAAAUUGUGGAUGGUGACAACUAAACUGCCUGGCUGAACAUAUGGCUGUGGAAGUAGCAUGCGGUAAACCCUAAAGAAGUGGUUUAACACUAGUUUUUGUAUAGAAAACUAGAAUCUGAUGUAUAUCCAGCAUUAGUGUCUGUCAGCUAUCUUGUUGGUACUUUCUAUUUGCACCUUCAUUCCUCAAAUGGCCUUGUUCUGAUAUCUGAAUUCUCAGUGCGCCCCUGCUGCAUCUCUGUAAACGCUUUUUGUCUUGUGAUGUAGUGCUGCAUCUAGCUAGACCAUGGAUGCUUCAUGGCUAGGAAAAGUAUGAAUUGGCAAGCCCAAUUU